AUGGCUACGGCUUUUCCUCCAUCGUCUGGCAUAUGUUACUUAUCUGCUCUUCGUCAUCAGCGUUGUAACACAGCAGCAGGUCAACCCUUUUGUCCUCCCGGAUUCGACUUUUUCGACCAGCGUAACCAUUCAAAGGGAUGCGUGAACAACCCAUCGCAGCUACAAAGCUGCAGUGCAAGUGGCGCUGAAAUGCAGAGGGUUGCGGGCGUAGAUUUUCCUGGGAAUGAUUACGCGCGGUUGUCAUCCACGAAUGAAUCUGCGUGCCGCCAGGCAUGUAUGGAAGAUUGCUAUUGCACAGUGGUUAUCUACGGCCUUUUUAACGCCUCAGAAACUUGUUGGAAGAAGGGAACGCCUCUCAGAUUCGGCGUACCAAGCGACUCAAGAACCGUUUAUAUAAAAGUGUACAGCGGAGUCCCCAACGCAGUUGCCCCCCAAAAUUCCAGAAGAAAGAAACGAAAAGGGGAAGGCGCUUACAGUUAUUGGCGUAAGCCUUCUCGGCCCAAGCUGAAAGCCUUUCAAGAGCAUGAUAAGGUUAGUCCAGUGGGGCUGAAAGCCUUUAGUUAUCAAGAGAUCGAUUCUGCGACUGGAGGCUUCAAGCAAGAAAUAGGGAGAGGGGCCUUUGGGAAGGUCUACAAGGGCGUCUUACCUGAUGGACGCGCAAUUGCUGUGAAGAAACUUGACGAUCUGCUCGUGCGAGAAGGACACGAUGAUGGAGAAAAGGAGUUUAGAACAGAGAUGGAUAUCAUCGGUGCAAGCCAUCAUAGAAAUCUUGUUCAAUUGUAUGGCUUCUGCACCGAGGGCUCACACAGGCUUCUGAUAUACCAGUACAUGUCCAAUGGAUCUCUGGACAAGUUUUUAUUUAGGGGUACACAAGAUCUUGAUUGGGAGCUGCGGGUUCAGAUUGUUUUGGGAACUGCAAGGGGGAUUCUCUACUUGCAUGAAGAGUGCGAAACCCCUAUAAUCCAUUGUGAUAUAAAGCCUCAAAACAUCCUGCUGGAUGAAAAUUACCGUGCUAAGAUAGCCGACUUUGGAAUAUCCAAAUUGAUUGGCGCAGAACAAACGAGAACGUUUACUGUGGCCCGCGGCACCAUCGGUUACAUUGCUCCUGAGUGGCAUAAGAGUGUGGCUGUUACUGUCAAAGUGGACGUGUAUAGCUUCGGAGUGGUGCUCUUGGAGAUUAUCUGUUGCAGAAAAAUGUUCGAGUUGCAUGUUCCAGAAAAUGAAAUGGUUUUAUGUGAUUGGGUGUACGAUUGCCUCAAAUAUGGUCAACUUCUGAAAUUGGUGGAGCAACAAGAUUGCAGAGGAAUUGAGGAAACACUGUUGGAAAGAAUGGUGUUGGUAGGGCUUUGGUGCAUUCAAGAAGACUCUUCUCUGAGACCAUCAAUGAAAAAAGUUGUUCAGAUGCUUGAAGGGACAGUUGAGAUUCCAGUACCACCUUUUCCAGAAGAGGUCCCUAGUCCUCUGGGUGACCAGGAGCUGGCACAAGGGGCUGGUGGCGCGGGGGCGGCACCGCUGGUUCCGACGGAGAGUGGGAGGCGCACGGGCGGCUCGGGGGCAGCAAGUUUCGCCGGCGGCGCGGCGGUGGCCGUCGAGCUGUGCACCGGCGGCGUGCUGUUUGAACUGGCGGCGUGCGUGACGGAGGUCCAAGAUGUCUCUGAUUCAAAGAUUGACCUCGACGAUAGUGGGGUUCCUGUUGAUGACCCUGAAUAUGAACCUAAAGAUGAAAAGGAAAAGAUGGUCACUCCUGAGAUGCUUGGUAGCUAA